AGUGCAACGGUGAGCUUCGUUCGAACAACAUCUACAGACAAGAAUACAAGAAAAGAGUAAUCGGUUCGAACUAAUUUUAUUGAUAACGCAUCAAUUUUCAUUCUGCGUAAAGGACAAUAUUUCUGAAAAUCGGUACGGAAGAACAGAAAUGAUGGAAAUCUUGAAGAAAGCGGACGAACGAGGAACGGACGCUGCAAAAAGUGACUUGAAAUUUGGCACAUCGACCGAAUAUGUGCCAAGUGAUACCACAUCUUCCGUUGAAAACGUCAACAAAUUAACGACUGUUCAGAAAUUUUACGAUGGACAAAGUAUUUUCAUAACAGGUGGAACAGGUUUUAUGGGGAAAUUAUUGAUUGAAAAAUUAUUGAGAGGAUGCCCUGGUAUCAAUUGCGUAUACGUUUUGAUACGAAAGAAAAAAGAGAAAAACGUUCUUCAACGCAAGGAAGAACUUAUCGAUGAUACGUUAUUUUCCGUACUGAGGAAGGAGCAACCAGAAGUCCAAAGACGUAUAGUCGCGAUCGAGGGAGACUGUAGUUUGCCGAAUCUCGGUAUUUCGAUAGCCGAUAGAGCUACACUUAUCGGAGAAGUCUCUAUUGUUUUUCAUGCUGCAGCUACAGUGAGGUUCGACGAAAAAAUUAAAUUGGCAGGAGCUAUUAACGUUCGAAGUCUAAAGGAGAUGAUACACUUGUCUCUAAAAAUGUCAAAACUGAAGAGUUUCGUCUACGUAUCAACGGCAUAUGCCAACUGUCCUCACAAAACGAUCGAGGAGAAGUUUUAUGAUCCACCGAUGGAUGCCGACAAAUUCAUCGAUUUGUUGGAUUCUAUUGACGAAAAAUUGCUCGACGAUAUUACACCACAGUUGCUUGGAGAAUGGCCAAAUACAUACGUUUAUACAAAAUCGAUCGCCGAGAAUAUCGUAAAAAAGCAUGCCGGCUUAAUGCCGAUUGGAAUAUUUCGCCCCGCGAUAGUGAUACCCACGCAUAGAGAACCUAUUUGCGGAUGGACCAAUAACAUGCAUGGGCUAGUGGGAGUUACAGCAGGUGGUGCAAUGGGAUUAAUACGAACUAAUUAUUGCGAUAAAUCGGUUAAAAUGAGCGUAGUACCCGGAGAUCUGACGACUAAUGCGCUAAUCGUCAGUGCUUGGGAUAUAGCAAAUAAUCGAAGAUUCAACGAAGAAAUACCUAUUUAUAAUUACGUGUCUAAAGAAAAUCCAAUUAAUAUCGAGGAAAUAACAAGAUUGUCGAAAAAGUACACACUAUUAUUACCGACGAACAAAAUACUUUGGUACUGCAGCUAUAGGAAUAUAAAGUAUUAUCCAAUCUAUCUCCUCUAUAUGUGUUUUCAACAUUUACUACCAGCUCUUAUAAUCGAUACGUUCGCGUUUUGCAUAGGUAAACAGCCAAGGUUAUUAAAAUUAUAUAUGAAAAUUCAUUCAAUAUCUCAAAUAUUUUUGUAUUUUAUUAAAAACGAAUGGAACUUUACUAAUAAAAGAUGGAACGCAUUGUUAAGGAAGUUAACGGCAAAAGAUCGUGAAUUGUUCUUUUGUGAUAUGAAAGACCUGGAUUGGGAUACUUACUAUCAAAGUUAUAUUCUAGGAAUAAGAACAUAUAUCUUAAAGGAUCCCAUUGAAACGCUCCCUCAAGCUCGUUUAAAAUUCCGAAGGCUUUACUGGAUGCAUCAAGCAUUGAAACUUGUUAUCGCCUGUGUAUUGCUUAUUAUCACGUGGGCUAUAUUUUCCAGACUCUUGUAGCUUUCGGAUAUGUGUAAAAGUAUUAAGUAACGUUGAUGAGGGUAACAAUACAAUUCAGAGUAUCUUUUUGUUAAAGUUGAUAUGUCUAUAGUGUAAUCAUACUUGUGCAAAUAAUAUUAAGAUUUUUCUUGCAUAGUUUUUUAUAUAAAUUUUAUACUUUGCGCCUGAAAGUAGGCUUCGCUCUAUACUUCUGCGAUAUUAGUUGGUUUAAGCGGAUUUUAUCGAUAAUGCUUCUAUGUUAGGUAAUGUGGAUUGCAAAUCAAUAUUACAUAAAAAUGUUUCUUACUGAAAAAUUAUGUUACUAACUAUAUUUAUAUAAAAAAUUAAUUAAAAAUGUUCAUUAUAUUUUAUGUACCGCAAAGUUUGUUCAUAAAAAUAUAAAGGCACCAAAGGGAAAUAUAAAAAAAAAACAAAUGAAGAAGUUUUUCCGAUGAAAGCCCUGUUCAACUAGAUAAAAUUCACACAAGGAUAAUUCGUCUCCAACACAUCUAAAACUUUAGUUUGACCAUUAUACUUUCGCCCAAUCUUGAAAUAUGAACCGAGAUUUUGUGUUCUUCAUCGAGAAGAACAGCAAGAGUCUUAUAACAACUAAGUUACGAUACUCUCUGCUUACGGUCCUAGGAUUUCGCUCAGAACAAAUUGAGAGUUAUUAACGAAUUCCGCUAGUUGGUCCUAACGUGACAAAUGAAAGAACUUUAUAUAUUUAUAAUACAAUGUAAUAUUUCACGGACACUUUUUAUUAUUCUACAUAGUUUUAUUAUUCUAAAUAGUAUAUUAUAAUUCUCAUUAAAUUGUAGAAAGUAAUAGAAUAAACUGAUGUAUGAUCUUUUUGUAUCAAUUCUUGUCCCAUUAAUUUAGUCGUAUUCUCAACAUAUUGUCACAUUUUAUGACUCGUACUGCCUUACAUAAUAAUAUAGUAAUCAUAUUCCCGUAAGUUUCGGACUUCGUCAUGCAGAUUGAAUCUCUAAGAAGAUUAAAAAAAUGUUAGAUUACAUGAAGAAUCAUAGGCUAACUAAAUUUAGCUACUACUUUUCGAGCUUGUAGACUUGUAUGUGAGUGUGCAUUACAGCAUGAAAGAAAUAAUCCUUAAGUCUUAUUUGUUCGAACAACUGAUUUUUGUAAUCGAACAUGGCGGAGAAACGCUACACGAGUUUUUUUCACAGAAAUCAAAUGUUUCAAAGAUAUUUAAAUGUUGUUAUAUAUCUAAAGAACAUUACUAUUAAAUAUGGAAUUUUAAUUAUUGAUUCCUGUAUUCUAUUUCGUUUUACUUUAUCAA